AUGAAUAAGAAACCUCAAAUAACAACGAAUUUUAUUCUUCUUUUGAUUUUUUUCUUCUUCUUUCGUAGGUAUCGCUGGAUUAAAAACGGAAAACACUUUGACUUCACAGCUUAUGACGAUAGAAUAACACAGCAACCUGGACGUGGUACAUUGACAAUCACAAAGCCACGUGAUGAAGAUUUGGGUCAAUACCAAUGUUUUGCUGAGAACGAGCAUGGAAUUGCAACAUCAAAUUCGGUGUUUGUUAGGAAGUCAGAGUUAAAUAAUUUCAAAGAUGAAGCUAUUCAUACGCUUGAAGCACAGGAAGGUUCACCAUUUCAACUCAAAUGUCAACCACCAGAUGGUUGGCCAAAACCAAGUGUGUAUUGGAUGAUUCAGACAACAUCUGGUGGUAUCAAAACAAUAAACAAUUCACGAAUGACUCUUGAUCCUGAAGGAAACUUGUGGUUUUCAAAUGUUACUCGCUUUGAUGCGUCAGAUGAUUCUUACUAUGCUUGUUCGGCUGCAUCGACAUUCCGUAAUGAAUACAAAUUAGGAAAUCGUGUUCUAUUGAAAGUUAUCCCAGCCAGUAACGCAGCACAAAAUCGUUACCAACCAACACGUCAAUAUGUAUCACGUCGUAAUGAAGUUGCGUUGCGAGGUCAGAAAAUCGAAAUUUUUUGUAUAUAUGGUGGAACGCCAUUGCCACAAACAAUUUGGACUAAAGAUGGAAGACCAAUAGCCUGGAGUGAUCGGAUAACACAAGGAAAUUAUGGAAAAUCACUGAUUAUACGACACACGGCAUUAGAAGAUCGAGGAUCAUACACAUGCGAUGUUUCAAAUGGAGCUGGACAACCUCAAUCAUCGUCAAUCAAUUUAGAAAUUAAAGCAAUUCCAUACUUCACUAAAGAACCUGAACCCCAAAACGCAGCUGAGGAAGAAACUGUUGUUUUUGAAUGUGAAGCUAAAGGUAUUCCCGAACCAGCAAUUAAAUGGAUCCACAAUGGAAAACCAAUUGAACAAGCUCCACAGAACCCACGUCGAACAGUUUUAAAGAAUAAAAUCAUUAUUAAAAACCUUUUGAAAAGUGACACUGGCAAUUACGGUUGUAAUGCAACUAACGCACUCGGUUAUGUCUAUAAAGAUGUUUAUGUGAACGUAUUGGCUUUACCACCAGAGAUUGAGGAAGCACCUGGAAAGGAAGCAACAGUUGAUGAACGUGAUGUGAAAUUGACAUGUCGAGUAUUUGGUGCACCAAAGCCUAGAAUAAAGUGGAUUCGUAAUGGACAGGAAUUAACUGGUGGACGUUAUAAAAUUCAAGAAACUGGUGAUUUGAUAAUCGAAAAAACACAACAUAAUGAUGCUGGCGAUUAUAUUUGUCAUGCUGAGAAUAAAUUUGGAACGAAAGAAGCAAAUGGUACACUCGUAGUGUACCAACAUACACAAAUCUCUGAAGCACCGCAAGAUUUUGAAGUUGUCGCUGGAACACUAGCAACAUUCCGUUGCAAUGCAGAGUCUGAUCCUGGUCUUGAACGAGAAAUUGAAUGGCUUUGGAAUGGUGAAGUAAUUGACCUUGAAAACCAGGCACGUUUCACAAUGUCAAGCGAUUAUUCUUUAUCGAUUUCAAAUUCUAUUGAAUUGGAUUCUGGAUCUUAUACUUGUGUAGCCCGAACUGAACUUGAUGAAGCAUCAGCAUCAGCAACAUUGACUGUUCAAGAUGUACCAAACCCUCCAGUGCUUACUGGUAUUCGUUGUAAUGCUCGUGACGCUACAGUUUCAUGGGAGCCUAAAGGAGACAAUCGUUCACCAAUUCUUUAUUUCAUCAUUCAAUACAAUACUUCUUUCACUCCUGAUACUUGGGCUGAUGCUGCCAGUCAAGUUCCAGCAACAGAUUUCUCUUAUACAGUACCAAUGAGUCCAUGGGCUAAUUAUACAUAUCGUGUAAUUGCUGUCAAUAAAGUAGGCAUAUCAUCACCAUCUGAUCACAGCGAUUCAUGCACCACACAACCAGAUGUUCCGUAUAAGAAUCCAGAUAAUGUAGAAGGAAAAGGCACUGAACCUAAUAAUCUCGUUAUAAAAUGGUCACCAAUGGCCGAGAUCGAUCACAAUGCUCCACAAUUUCAUUAUCGUGUGUCAUGGAAGCGUGAUGUUGCUGGUGCUGAGUGGAACAAAGAAGACAACUUCGAAUGGGAAAAUGGUGAGUUGUUAGUGCCUAAUCAACCAACAUUCCAACGUUACAAAAUUAGAGUGCAAGCUGUCAACGAAAAAGGAGAAUCAAAUGUUGCUGUGAAGGAAGUUGAAGGCUAUUCUGGUGAAGACAGACCAACGGAAGCUCCAAAGAUGUUGACACUUGAUACCGUCGUAUCGGGAACAUCGGCUAUGUUGUCAUGGGAAGAAGUUCCACCAGAAUCAAUCAAAGGUCAUUUCCGUGGGUAUAAAAUUCAGACAUGGGUUGAAGGUGACGAAGAAAAUGUGAAAGAAAUUUUGAUGAAGUCAAAUACAUCGAAAGCUUUGGUGAAUAAAUUCACACCAGAUUCUAUGAAUUACGCUCGCAUUAUGGCAUUUAAUGAUAGAUUCAGUGGACCUCCUAGUAACACGAUUAACUUCAAAACACCAGAAGGUGUUCCAAGCACAGUUCAAUCUCUUCAGGCAUUUCCCAUGGGAACAUCAGCUUUUAUGUUGCAAUGGAAACGUCCACUUCUUACCAAUGGCAUUCUUCAAGGUUAUCGAAUUUACUAUGAAGAAGUGAAGGGAACUGAACUUGGACCACGUCAGGAACGUGAACCGAGAAUUCUUGAUCCUGAAGUAAAACAAGCAAAACUCGCUGGCCUUAAAUCGGACCAAAAAUAUCGAAUCCAUAUUGUUGGGUUCACGAAACAGGGUGAAGGAGAAGAUUACUACAUCGAACAAACGACACAAGCGUCAGCUGGUGACAAACCAGAUAAAGCAAGCUUUGAAAUUCAAAAGGUUCCAUCAGAUGGCGCUUACGAUAAAGUUAAAAUUAAUUGGCGGCCAAAUUUUGCUGGCAAGCCAGGAUCACAUUUCUAUGUAAAAUACCGUGAAGUCGGUCAACCAAAGUAUGAAUCUAUGGAUCCAGUGAUUAGUGAAGAUUUUACUGAAGUUGGUGGUUUGAGUGGAAAUGCAGACUAUGAAUUCAGAGUUGUGUCUGUUGAUGGCAAAGAAGAGACUGAAAGCGAAGCUAAACUUUUUAGCACAUCAGACUCAGGCGUUAAAGUUGUACCGCAAGGUGAUGAUACAGCUAUUGCAGGCUGGUUCAUUGGAAUGAUUCUCGCACUUGCCUUCCUUAUUCUUAUUCUCGUAAUCAUUUGCAUUAUCAAACGAAACCGUGGAGGAAAAUAUGAUGUGCAUGACCGAGAGUUGGCAAAUGGACGGCAAGAUUACCCCGAUGAGGGUGGAUUCCACGAAUAUUCCCAACCUCCUACAGAUGCUCCUUCCAAUCCUCCACUCGAUUCGGGUGUAAAAAAUAUGGCUAGUCUUGUUUUCGGCCAAUUGCAUUUUAAGAAAAUUUUGGAUAACAAAUCUCAAGGUAGACAAUCAUUAAAUUCACAAAAGCAUGGUCCCGAGAGCGAUACGGACUCAAUGGCCGAAUAUGGUGAUGGCGAAGCCGGCGGACAAUUCACUGAAGAUGGCUCAUUUAUUGGACAAUACGUGCCAGGUAAACUUAACCCACCCGUCAGUCCCCAACCAAUUCAACAUCAAGCCGGAAGCAGUGGAGCUGCCACUUAUGUUUAAUUAAGAAAUUAAGUAUAAAAAGAAUAACGACAAUGCAACACAAAGGUUAAAAACAGAAGAAAAGUUAAAAAUCGUAGACACACUAAUAACUAAAUUUAAAUCACAAAAAUUAUGCUUCGAAGGGAGAAGAUUUUUUUAAAUGAAUUGACUUCAAUUGAACGCAGUGGAAUAUGAGUUUAAAAAAAAGGAUUCAAGUGUAAUAAGAACUUUAUUAUUAUUAAUAGUUGAUAUCGCUUCAAAUUUUUUCUUGUUUAGUUUAGGUUGCUUUAGAAAGAUAAAGACUCUGAUAAAAUUAGCAGCUUAAAUUUAUAUAACUAAGAACAAAGUAAUUGGAAUGAAAUCUCUUAUACAGUCAAGUUAAAUCGGAGCGCUAACAAAAUAGAUAAAGAACUUUGUUCUUGAAAUAUUUGAUUCUAUAAAAUGAUUGUUUCUCACUAAUCUCUCUAUAUUUUUACGAUGAACAACAGACAAACACAUGUGUUCAUAUUAUAAAUGGAAUUUAUAAAAGUAGCCAGCAUUUUAACAACGAUAAGGCGCCAAGAUUAAUCUUUCAUUUUAUGAUAGUAUCUGACAAUGAUUUAACUAAAUGAUUAUAAUAACCUGCUUUUUCUUUGUAAUAAUUCCAAUCUCGUUGGCGCACUAUAAAGUUUAAACAUUCAACUCUACACA